ACCUUCCUCGCCGGGGGCUUCGUCCUUCACUCCUUCGGGCUGCCUCCCCCUCCCCUUGUCCCCUGCCCCUUGUCCCGCUUCUGCAGAAGAUUUCAACACUAAACUUGCACAAUGUCAUUGAAACCACGAGUAGUAGAUUUUGAUGAAACAUGGAACAAACUGUUAACUACAAUCAAAGCUGUUGUCAUGUUGGAAUACGUCGAAAGAGCAACAUGGAAUGAUCGCUUCUCAGAUAUCUAUGCUUUAUGUGUGGCUUAUCCUGAACCCCUUGGGGAAAGACUUUAUACAGAAACUAAGAUUUUUUUGGAAAAUCACGUUCGGCAUUUGCACAAGAGAGUUCUGGAGUCUGAAGAACAAGUACUUGUUAUGUAUCAUAGGUAUUGGGAAGAAUAUAGCAAGGGUGCAGACUAUAUGGACUGCUUAUAUAGGUAUCUCAACACCCAGUUUAUUAAAAAGAAUAAAUUGACAGAAGCUGACCUUCAGUAUGGCUAUGGUGGCGUAGAUAUGAAUGAACCACUCAUGGAAAUAGGAGAG